AUGCGGACAUCGGUUCUCGUUGCCGCGUCGGCCGGCACGGUCAUCACCGGUCUGCUCGCCUACGCCGUGUACUUCGACCACAAGAGGCAGACCGACCCCGAUUUCCGCAAGUCCUUGAAGCGGAACAAUCGUAAGCUCGCCAAGGCCGUCAAGGAAGAGGCGGCGGCCCAGGGUGCCGCCCAGCGCGACGCGAUCAAGCAGGCGGUGCAGCGCGCAAAGGAAGAAGGAUUCCCCACCGAUCUGGAGGAGAAGGAGGCCUACUUCAUGACUCAGGUGGCCAAGGGCGAGGGCCUGUGUGCUGAGGGUUCUGACAACAUCGAGGCCGCGCUUGCGUUCUACAAGGCCCUCAAGGUGUACCCGCAGCCCAAGGACCUGAUCUCGAUCUACGACAAGACCGUCCCCAAGGAAUGCCUCGAGGUUCUGGCCGAGAUGGUCGCCAUGGACUCGGGCCUCAACCUGGGCUCGUUCACUGGCGAGGGUUCCGCUGCCGGGGCGGGUCCCGACAGCCACGGUGUCGAGUAA